CUUUCUCCUCAGGAGUCCCGAAUCCAGGCAGCGAACUGGUUCACACAUACAGUGCGGAGAGGCCAUGCAAGCUCAGGAAGUCCUGAGACAUCUGAGGAUCCCAGAGCUAGGCGACUUUCGACAAUACGUGCGCAGUUUGCCCAGCAAUGCACUCAUGGGCAUAGGGGCUUUUGCUGCAAUAACUACUUACUGGUACACCACCCGGCCCAAAGCCCUCAAACCACCCUGUGACCUCACCAUGCAGUCAGUGGAAAUACUGGAUGGGGAAUAUGCGCGAAGGUCUGUACUGAACGACAGUGACAAAUACAUGACGUACUACUAUGAAGAUGCACGAACCAUGUAUGAAGUCUUCCAGCGGGGAUUAAGGGUAUCGAAUGAUGGACCUUGUCUAGGAUCAAGGAAACCCAACCAGCCUUAUGAGUGGCAAACCUAUAAAGAGGUGGCCGACAGGGCGGAAUGCAUAGGCUCCGCUCUCCUCCACAGAGGACACUCGCAAGCUGGGGACAAGUUUAUCGGCAUAUUUGCUCAAAACAGGCCGGAGUGGACCAUCUCAGAGCUGGCUUGUUACACAUACUCCCUGGUGGCCGUUCCCCUGUAUGACACACUGGGCACUGAGGCUAUCGGCUACAUUAUUGACAAAGCCUCUAUCUCCACUGUGAUCUGCGAUGUGGCCGAUAAGGCUCGGUUAGUUCUAGACUGCAUCAGUGGAAAGGGGCAUACGGUGAACACCAUUAUCCUCAUGGAGGCCUUUGACAGUGACCUGGUAACCCGUGGACAGAAGUGUGGUGUUGAGAUCCUAAGCCUGAAGGAGAUUGAGGCUCUUGGUAAAGCCAAUCAUCAGAAACCAGUGCCACCCAAACCAGAGGACCUCGCACUCAUCUGCUUUACAUCUGGAACCACAGGAAACCCAAAAGGGGCAAUGCUUACCCACGGAAAUGUCAUAUCGAACACUGCAGCUUUCAUCAGAAUAACAGAGGUGCACUGCAUGCUGAGUCUUCAUGAUACUCACAUUUCCUAUCUCCCCUUAGCACACAUGUUGGAGAGGGUUGUAGAGGGGGUCAUACUGAUCCAUGGUGCUCGAAUAGGUUACUUCCAGGGAGACAUCCGUCUGUUGAUGGAUGAUUUGAAAGCACUGAAGCCAACAGUCUUCCCUGUCGUCCCACGUCUUCUCAACCGCAUGUUCGAUAAGAUAUUUAGUCAGGCCAAUACGCCACUGAAGAGGUGGCUACUGGACCUGGCUUCUAGGAGGAAGGAGGCAGAACUUAAAAGUGGUGUGGUCAGAAAAGACAGCAUAUGGGACAAACUCAUCUUCAAAAAAGUACAGGCUAGCCUGGGCGGUCGUGUGAGGCUCAUGAUCACUGGCGCUGCCCCAGUGUCCCCGACUGUGCUGACUUUCCUACGGGCUGCUCUGGGCUGUCAGUUUUAUGAAGGUUAUGGCCAGACAGAAUGUACAGCUGGAUGCUCCAUGACAAUGCCGGGGGACUGGACAGCAGGUCACGUGGGAGCCCCAUUACCCUGCAACUCUAUCAAGCUGGUGGACGUGGCUGAAAUGAAUUAUCUAGCAGCCAAUGGAGAGGGAGAGGUGUGUGUUAAAGGACCAAAUGUAUUUCAGGGGUACCUGAAAGACCCAGAGAAAACUGCGGAGGCAAUUGACCAGGAUGGGUGGCUCCACACUGGGGACGUUGCAAAGUGGCUGCCUAAUGGCACUUUGAAGAUCAUUGAUAGAAAGAAGCACAUUUUUAAACUAGCGCAAGGAGAAUACAUCGCCCCUGAGAAAAUAGAAAAUAUCUAUAUCCGCGGUGACGUAGUGGCCCAAAUAUUUGUCCAUGGUGAUAGCCUACAAGCGUGCCUUGUGGGCAUAGUGGUGCCUGAUCCUGACUUUCUACCUGGUUGGGCCAAGAAAAGAGGGAUUGAGGGUUCUUACUCGGAACUCUGCAAGAACAAGGACAUAAAGAACAGCAUUCUGGAAGACAUCCUGAUGGUGGGAAAGGAAGCAGGGCUGAAGUCUUUUGAGCAGGUGAAGGAGAUUGCAUUGCACCCAGAGAUGUUUUCUGUUCAGAAUGGCCUGCUCACACCGACCCUCAAGGCCAAGAGGACUGAGCUGCGAAACCACUUCAGAGAACAGAUUGAUGCACUUUAUGCCAAGAUUACAAUUUGAGCCCUGACACUCAUAGAACAAACACUUGAAACCCACAACCCAAAGCAUGUAGGGGUUAUUAAAGGACAACAUCCUUGCUAUUAUUUUCCUGCCUGUGAUAAACUGUUGGGAAAGGAUGGCUUUUGAAUUAACUGUAUGGUGUGUCAUUUUGGGAUUAGGUGUGCUCUCUGCCCUGUUUAUUCCCUGCAACAAUACAUUUCUCCUAAUGCUGUUCUAUCACCCUCAAGUAGGAGUUAGUUGAGUAAAAAAAAAAAAGUCAAGGCUGAGAAUGCCCGAGAAUAAUGCAUCAUGGUCACUUACAUUAUUUCUUUCUUGGGAGGACAGAUAAGGCCAACAUUAUGGGGAAAUGUUUCUCAUCAGAACCUAAACUGUGAGCUGGUCUAUGACCUGAGGACUACAAAGUCACAUGGUUAGAAAUUAGCAGUCCAACUUUGGGGGACAUUUUAUUUAACUGCCAUAAACAUUGAUAUUUUUGAAAUAAUGACAAAUAUUGGCUGUUUCUACAAUGGUGUAUGCAAUGUUUUGGUUUACUAUGUAAGAUGAUGUCACCAUUAAAUCUGUAAAUAGUACUUGUAGAAAUUUGUGCGAGGAGAAAAGGGUUUUAGUACGACGGACACAUUAUUUCCCUGCAUUCCCAUGCCUCUUGAUGCUGUAGCAUAUAAAAUGAGAUUUUAUUAAUAUGAGGGUCACAUAAUCUUUUCAAAAUUAUUUUAGCAUAUGGUAAAUAAUAUUGCUAGUGGGUCAGUCUGGUCAGUCAGGAUUUUUAGUUUUUGUGUUUGCCUCUUAAACUGCAUGGAAAAUGUAUUUCAUUGUCUUGCUUGGACUUGCACAAGAAAAUAUGUCCAUUUUCUGCUCAUGCAGAGAACGUUCCUACUGUCAGAUGUCCUAUGAGUGACUUUUAUACUGAAAGAACUGCUUACUGUCACCUAUAAUGUAUUGAAAGCCAUUAUCCAUAUCAUAUUUUGGUCAGCAAUGGAGCUCCACUUCAGUUACAUUUCAUUUAGAUAAGACUAAUUUUCAUUAAUUACCCAGGUGUCUGUUAUUACUUAUCUUUCAACACAACUACCACAGGUUAGUGUAGAAAGGACCAGCAUUUAUUUAAACUUCCUGGAGGAAAACUGUUUGUGGAUUCAGAUGUUGAUGGAGUGGAACUCGAUAAUUGUGCACAUCUAUUGUCAGUUUUUGUAUCUGUAUAUUUUUAAUUAAGUAUAUUUGAUGUUAUUUAGAUGCCUAUUAAUGUUUUAAGACACUGAACACCAUUGUAUAAAAAGAUCUAUACCAAGAUCCUUAAAGGCUGAAUAAGCUAGAAUAUGAAACUAAAACCAGUCAACUAGUGUGCGGUCCGGUCCUAUCUUAUUUAAGUUACGACAAUGGGGCAAAGGUGUUUGCUCUUGACAAAACAAGUGUUUAAUACUGUGGUUAGAAGUGUAUCUUUAUAUUACACAACUGUACCAAAUAAAUGCUUGUGCUUCUCUCAAA